UCAAAACCGAACCAAAGCCUAAACUUUGGAGACUCGUAACACCUCAUGCAAAAGUUACGCUUGCAAAAAAACCAAUCAAACUCUCCAAUAAUCAAGAUCAAACAACUUUUACUCGGGCAAUGUGCCAAAUGAAAUGUGUGCGAAAGUACGAAAGUACGAACUAUUCAAGCUUUUAAAAGUGCGUCAACACAAACACAAGGACCUCAAGCUUAAAACGUUAGCACUCCACACAUGAGGGAUUUAACAAAAUCUUUUGCUAGGUUUUAAAAGUUCCAAGACCCCAUCCAAAAACCAACUAGAACCACACAGAAUCCUACGUAGCUGCCGUUAUCGUAACCGUAAACCGUAACCGUAACCACUCCACCACCUCCAUCUCCAGCUCGAAAUCGCUCUCGACCGGAGUCAGUAAGUUUCACGACCUAUUUGCAGACCGAUCUCGAUGUCUCCGCAAUUAGAUAAUGCUUAAGCUACCAAAGGCUAAAAAGAAAAAGAAGAAGUCGAAAAAGGACCAGGAGCUCUUCACCGAGGAGGAGCUCGAGCAGUACAAGCGCGACCUAAAGGCCAAACAGGAGGCUGCGGCCAACAAAUCGGACGCCGGCGAAUCCGACGGAGCGGCAUCAGACGUCGAGGGUCACCACGAGCCAGUUGCCUCGCAUUCGCAUUCACACUCGGGAUCGGGAGUAGCUUCGGGAUCGGGAGAGGGCCACCACCCAGCAGGAGGAGCGUCCGCGAGUAACGCCCACCACCAACAGCCGGGGGAGCAGAGUCAGGGAGCUGCCGGCGGCGACGAGGAAUGGGCCAAGUUUAAGGCGCUCACCUCCGGCGUCGAUAGCAUCCUACACAAGACCCAGGACGAGCUCGAUCGGAUCAAGAAGGAGUCCUUCUACCAGCGCCUGCCCUCCGCCGCCGAGAAGAAGAAGCAGGAGGAGGAGGAGGCAGCCCGCCUUGAGGCCGAGCGUCAGGAGCGGGAGCGCCAGCGUCUGGGCCAGAUCGAGGCCCAGCGGGACAAGCUAGCCGAAGCGGUUGUCCAGCUAUCCGAAUCGGAGGAGGAGGCCGGCGACUACGAGGCCGAUGACAUCUUCGCCACCGACUACAUCGAGGCGAUCACCAGCGGAGAGCUCCAACUAGCCGUCGUUCCCGACUCGCCGAUCCUCGCCGACGACGGACCGGACCCCUUCGAUACCGCCUACGCGGAGAAGGUGAUUGUGGGCGCCGACCGCUCCAAGGACAAGAGCAAGAAGCUAGUGAGUCUCGGUGCCGCCGUCGAGGUCCUUUCGGGUCGCGUCGACCGCGAGCACGCCGUCGCCCUAGCGAAUCCCAAGCGGAAGCUGCGCAAGGGCAUCCGGAACCUACUGCUCAGCGAGAGCGUUGAGCUAGCCGAUCCGGAGGCGGAUCUCCUGACCGCCGGCGCCAGCGACGAGCCGCAGCACAAUCUGCUCGACGAUCUCGACGAGGAACUGCCCGAGUCCUCGGCCCCCAUCGAUCUCAGUGUCUCGCUGCACUUGCACCUAAUCAAGCCCAGGAACGUCGAGGAGGAGGAGGAGGAGGAGCAGCAGCAGCAGGACCAGGACGGGCAGCUGCUCAACCCGGACCUAUCCGAGUUCGACGCCCUCAAGGACGAGGAGGAUGACGAGUUCGCCGAACUAGCCGCCGAGUCGCUGACCAAAAAGGAGGAGGUCACCAUCGUCACCCAGGUGGUACUGCCUCCCGCGGAGCUACCAACCGAAGCCUUCGGCGAAGCCAGCUGGGCCGAGUUUGAAGCCGAUCCCGAACCGGAUUCAGGAAAACCGAAGCGUCCUCCGCCGCCAGUCCGUCCGCCCACAGGACCGCACAUCGUGCCCGGUGCCAUCUACGUUUCGGACGACGAGGAGCAGGACCCGGACGACGACCCCUUCAACACCAACUACGCGGAGCAGGUGAUCAAGAAGACCACCGUACUCGAGGAGGACGACGACUUCGAUCCGCGAGCGGAGGAGCCCGCCGGGCUAUCCUCUCUAGCGGCUCCGGCCCACGACCUCCUCGCCGGGAGCGCCACCGAUCUUAGCAAGGUGGUGCCAGCGCCCUUGGCGCCCACCUUGAGUGUCGACCAGGAGCCGGAGGACUUCGACCCCUUCGACACCUCGGCCGUCUCGGCUCUGGUGCAGCCCAAGGCCACGGAGCUGCGCUUCCUGGAGCGCGAGCUGCUCAACGAGACCUCGCUCAAGCACUCGCUGAGCGACCCGGACUUCGACCCACGCGCGGAUCAGGAGCCCUCCGAUCCCCAGGAGCCGCCGCCGACGAACCAGAUCCAGAUCGACCAGAUCCAGCCGGAGUUCGACGCCGCCCGCCGCAAGUCCUCGCUGAGCCUGAACAUCCAGGCGAAGAGUGUGGGCUUCCUGGUGCCGGCACCGGACCUCCUUGGAGCGGGUAACGAGCUGGGGGCCAACAAGAAGCCCCUGACGCCGUACUACGCCCCCACUGGCAAUCCCCUGCAGGAGGGGGAGCGCGAGGCCGAGGACGCCGACCCCUUCGACACCUCCUACGUGCCCGAGGCGAAGCUCAGCGCCAUAGAGCUCAAGCACAUCGAGAAGGACCUCAUCGCGGAGCCCGCCCCUCUGCGGCACAGUCUCUCCGACCCGGACUUCGAUCCCCGGGCCCCGCCCACUCCGGUUCCGGCCGAAGUGCUGCUGGCCGUCGAGGAGAACAUCGACAUCAAGGUACUGACGCCCGCGCAGGAGCGCAGGAAGAUAACCGGCUUGGGCGAAGGCGGCGACUCCGAGGAGGACAUCGACCCCUUCGACACCUCGAUAGCGGCGAACCUGCGCCCGGGGGAGACGGAGCUGAAGCUCCUCGAGAACGAACUGCUGCCGGAGACGCGCCCCUCGGUGACCGACGUCCUCGACUUCCAGAGCGACGCCCAGGAGCUGGGCUUGGGCGACAAGGUCCUCACGCCAUCCACGCACUCGCGACCGAGUGUCCCCGCCGCGGAGGACAUCGACCCCUUCGACACCUCCAUUGCGGAGAACCUAGCGCCCGGCGAGACGGAGAUCAAGCUGCUCGAGAGCGAGCUGAUCGAGCGCUAA